AUGUCUACACCGCCGUUCCCAAGUCGUUGUCAGCGACCAGUUGUAGGACAUCAGGAUAUGGAUGAUGGAAAAAUUAAGGGUGUCCUGCAAAAGGCAUUCCUCAGUGUUGAACACCAGUCAAAUGAGGCCAUUGAUGAGGCUCUGGCCGAUAGGAUAAGUGUUAAAUUUCAGUUGCCAGAGGGUCUCAAAGAUUAUGAAUUAAUCAACCAGUAUCCAGAUUUGGUUACCCGGUUGCAGCAUCUUGAUUCCCAGAUUGCAGGAGGCACUACUGCUGUGGUUUGCCUCAUCCAUAAGGAGAAGCUAUACCUGGGAAAUGUUGGAGACUCAAGGGCACUUUUAGUGACACGUGUCAACGGUAAACUGAAUGUAAAGCAAAUUAGCACAGACCACAAUACUUCCAACGAAGACGAGUUGCUACGACUAAAACAGCUCGGACUUGAUACUCAAAAAUUGAGCAAAGGCAGGCAGCUUGGAGGCCAUGAAAACACUCGCAGUUUAGGUGAUUACUUCAUGAAAGGUGGCUACAAGGAAUUUGAUAUUUUAAGUAUGGCAAUUGGAGAACCAGUGAUUGCAGAGCCAGAUGUAAUUGGAGGGAUCCCUCUUACCGGUGAAUGUGGAUUUUUAUGUAUGUUUACAAAUGGACUUUAUAAAUCUUUAGAAGAAGCUACUGCAACAGCGCACGUCAACCAUGAUAUUGCAUAUAUGGUCGCUGCAGAGUUCAACAUCCAAUCAACGCUCAGUGGUGUUGCCCAGGGCGUCGUUGACAAAGUCUUGCGUAUUCAUCAUGAUACUUAUUUACAGAACAAUAUUAGAGCAAAGUUUUGUGAUAAGCGUGAUGACAUAACGCUCCUAGUGCGCAAUUUUAAUUUUCCGCUGGGGAAUGCCUUGAAGCAGGUAGCAGCAACAAGUAGCUACAGACCAGUAACAGUGCCCUACAACGAGUCAAAAAUUCAAGAUCAUCCACCAACCUUGUACAUACCGUCGCCAGCGCCCCAGCCAUCGGAUACCACACCUACUCUUAUGCCAGCUCCCACGUCACCAGUUUCUUCUUCACCCGUGUCGUCGCCCCAGGCAAGCACGAUAGAAUCACAUGAUAGCCUGCCUUCAGAUCAGGACCGAAGCUCUUCACCAAGCACGCAGAACACAAAUUCGUCUGGUGACAAUGAUUCAAAAUCAAACAUGGUUAGUUGCAUAAUUAACACAAUAUCUUCAAAAGAGGAGAGCGAAGAGGAGCCAGACGCUGAUGGAAUGAUCAAACCAUAUGUAGAUUUCACAGAUUUCAUUACAAAAUAUAAUGCAGUUAUAGCAAACCUAGAAUAAUUAUGACACUCCAUAAAUGAACAUAGCGUUUUGUUUGUUUUUUUUCAAAACCAAGGAUUGGAAAGACACUAAACUUGGAAGUUAUACUCUUAAAAUUUAUGUCAAAGGCAUUCUUAGUGAUAUUUCAUCUGCAUUUUUUUUUUCUCUGUAAAAAAAUUGUUGACUUGGAUGGAUCUAUUAAGUAUAUUUUGAUUGAUUGAUUAGUACCAAAGAACAUAGGAGAAUAAUUUUGCACAGUUUGCAUUAAACUGAUGGAACAUCCACCCUCCUACAAUCGGGGGGCGAUGUGAUGGAGUGGAGAAACUAGUAGGAAACAUAAAAAUUUGAGAAUGACCAUUCUCAAUUUCAAUCGCGAUGUCAUUUCUGUCAGUUCUGACAAAAGGUGACAUUGUUUCUGGCAGGAGUGUAUAGUGGGCAUGGCCGCAGGCUGCCCGAACGCUCAGAGAGGCUCCAGUGAGGAGAAUCCAAUUCAAAAAUUUGGAAGCCUUAUUUAAUCAAAUUUAGUCUCAUAAUCUGUGUAAAUUACUUCGGAUUUUCUUUUCUCCCUGAAGAAUUGUGUUGAACUCCACAAUGUGGGGAGUGAGGAGGUGGUAAUAGCUCUUCUGAGUGACAGAAGUAGCCCUCCACCAAACAAAAAAGUGUUGUACUGUAUGCCCAUAUAUGGUCAUGAUAUGCAUAUAUAUGGUCAUGUCGUGAUGUCAUCAUGGCCAUAAUAAGGCAUGUCACAUGCUUUUGUCAAAUAGAAUUUGAUAGUAUGGACAGGUCUUUACAAAUGCUUCAGUAUUUCUAGGUAUGUCUUACAUUUGCAUAUCCCAAGCAAGUCUACACAUAUUCUUAGUGUGCUAUCCUCCUUCCAGUGAAGGACCUUUGCAUUGGUGUAUCUAGGAGUUUUGAAAUUUGGGGGGGGGGGAGGCGAAGGUGAAAGUGAGGAUCGAUAAUUAGGUGAGGAGAUGCCAGCUCAUAAAAUAAAUUGAUUUGUAAUGAUUUUUAACUACUUCAGCAUGGUGUUUCUUGGGGUAUGAAUGGGGGAGGGUGAGUAUUUUGUUGGGGGAUGUGCCACCCCCUACCCACCCUUAGAUAUGCCACUGUACCCUUGAUGCUCUACAAUCGAGUCUCUUUACAAGCUCUACCAUUUGGGACCCCUCUUGUAACUAAUCUUGUUUAGUAGAGAACAAAUCAAAAUUAGGAUUUUAGGGGUCAUAUUUGACAAACAUCUUGACUUCAGCAACCAUAUAUCAUCUGUAUGCCGAUCGGGUUACUUUCAUCUUCGCUGUAUCCGUUCCAUUAGACCUUACAUUUCAUCUUCUGCUGCUGCUUCUCUUGUUCAUGCUUUUAUUUUAUCCAAACUUGACUUUUGCAAUGCAUUGCUCAAUGGUUUACCUGCUAUUAGCAUUAGACACCUUCAGAAACUUCAGAACUCUGCUGCUCGUGUUGUAACAUUGUCUAAAAGGUUCACCCACAUUACGCCAAUUUUAAACAUUCUUCACUGGCUUCCAUCGAAUCAUUUUUAAAAUUCUUCUUCUCACCCAAAAAUCUCUCCAUGGUCGUGCCCCACUUUAUCUCUGUUCGCUUAUUGACAAACUGGUUUCUUCCCGUUUUACUCGUUCUUCUCAAUCCCUCAAACUUGUUACUCCACGAGUCAAGCAUAUUCGUACCGGUGAACGCUCUUUUUUUUUCUCUGCUCCUAAACUCUGGAACUCUCUGCCUCCUCAAUUACGUAUCAUUUCUGAUCUGCAAUUAUUCAAAUCUACUCUUAAAUCCUUCCUCUUCAAAUAGUUCAACUUCUUUCUAACAUCCUCCAGUGCCGGUGACAAGCCAGUUUUGUUUGCUUUAAUAGGCGCUUUAAAAAUGUGUAUUAUUAUCAUUAUUAUUAUUAUUAUCUCCUUGUUCUUAUAAAUAUAGUAAUGCUGGGGAGUAGAGAUGUAGAUGUAUACAUAUUCUAUUCAAUUAAAAAAAUAACAAUUCUAAACAAGGAUUUAAAAGUUGGUAUAUUUAUUAUUUGGGACCCUUUAUAUUCCAUAUAACCAAGUCUUUUUGCUAUGGUGUUUAAACAGUGGAGAGCUGAUCAAUUGUGAUGCUCUGUAACAAAGUUUCUUAUUGGCAGAGAGCUGAUAAUUUGGAAUCACUAGGCUGGGAGAGUACUGUAGAUUAUAAUUGGUGAUUAAAAAAAACCAACCCUUGAUAUGAGUGUAAUGUGGUUAAUGUAAUUAGGAGAGGGAGACAUUAUGUGAGCUACUGUACAGGUACCACCAAACUUCAUCUUUAUUUUAUGUAGUUAAAUUGGAUGAAAGUGUCUAUUGAUGGUUUCUAUGAUCUUCGGGUAUCUUAACCAUUAAAUUAUUAAGAUUAUUUGCAAAACUA